GAAAAUUGCCAUGCCGUCGCCGGUGCCGCCGCCGUUGGACGCGCCAAUGCGAGGCGACCACGAUCCGUUCCUGCAAGAAGACUUUCGUGAGUUUCCAUUUCAAAGCCAGCGUAUGCUCGUGGAGCUCCAGACAAGUACGUUUCGAGACACGUCGGCCGUCGAAUUCUGGGAAAGAUUGACACAAGGCCACGACACGGUGGAGAACGCGAUGCAUUUGCCUGCUGCUCUUGCGUAUGCCGUGGAAACGAUUCAGCAGUUGGAAGAGAUUGCAACGUACAUGACAUGUACACAGCAGCAGCAGCAGAACCAGCCGUCCCGAUCGAUUCUGUCGCUCUUGAAAGCUCACUUCCGAGCGAUUCUCUUCCACGAUGCGAGUCAAACCCAGGUGUCUUUUGUGACGCCCUUGAAACGCUAUGCACGUCGUUAUUCCUCGAUCCGUCUGCGUGUGCAUGUUCUCUCGACGCGACCACGUUGCGCCACCAGUUGCAGUACCUCGAAUGGAUGCACAUUGCAAAAGGGUCGAUUUUGAACGUGUUCCUCCGACAGAUCGAUGGUCGUGUCGCGUCAUGGUGCCGCAACAAUUUCACCGAGAGCUUUUUCCACGACCUCGAGUCCUGGGUCGACUCGAGUUUACUCCAGGACGCGCACACCAUGUUCGCCAGGGGGUCCCACCCGAUUGAGUACGUCGAAACGCUAAAGCUGCACACGUUUCAAGCGUUUGGGAGUCUGCGCAUCCACGAGUUGUUUGACAUCGUCCGCGAUUACCCUGACAGCCUCCCGGCGAUCGAAGACUUACGAAAGUGCUUGGAAGUGACUCGUCAACAACCAGAGCUCCUGGCAACCUUCCAAAACGCCAUCAAAACCCGCGUGCUUCAGCCCGGCGCAAGCACCACCAGCAUCAUUGGCGUGUACACGCGUGCGAUCAAGACAUUUCGCCACUUGGACGGUCGCGGCGGGCUCAUUCAACCCAUUGGGGACCUCUUUAGCCAGUACCUUCGUAAACGAAAGGACACGAUUCGGUGCAUCGUCACGAGCUUGACCGACCGAGACAGUGGCGAGUUGUAUGAAGAACUCGAGCGCGACCGGCGAGUGGAGCCUGUGAUCGACAGCGACGACGACGACGUUUGUGAUGCGGAGCUGUGGCAGCCAGAGCCUGCCGACACGAUCGCCGUGCCCAGAGGGCGUCAGGUCGACGACCUCCUUAGCAGUCUCGUCAGUAUUUAUGCCAACCAGACUGUGUUUGUGAAUGAGUACCGCAUGAUGCUGGCCGAACGACUACUCAGUGCAAAAGACUUCCACACGGAUCGCGAUGUGCAUACACUGGAACUGCUCAAGCUCCGGUUUGGUGACGCACGGCUUCAGCAAUGUGAUAUCAUGAUCAAAGACGUUGACGAAAGCAAACGCAUCCAGGCCAACUUGGGGCUUGCCGUCGAUGCGACCGUCGUGUCGGAGCACUUUUGGCCUCCAUUUCAAGGAGACGAUUUCACCCUCCACCCUCGCCUGAACGACAUGAUUCGACAGUACAAAGAAGCGUACGCGGUGCUCAAAAACCCGAGGCAGUUGGACUGGGUGCCGUACCUCGGUUUUGUAGAGCUCGAGAUUGAAUUGAAUGGGAACGUGGCUGCGUUUACAGUGUCACCCAUCCAAGCCACGUUGAUAUCGUACUUUGAAGAUGAAGAUUCGUGGUUGGCAGCGGCACUCGCGGAAGCCAUGGAUAUUGAGAUGGACGUCCUUUCGAAACAUGCGCACUAUUGGUGCCUCCAAGGUGUCCUCGUCCAGGAGAACGAGCAUUUGACCCUGAAUCAUGCGUACUCGCCGUCCGAGGCGGUCGAGUCGUCCCAGCCUGGAAGCGACACCUUUUUGGAGCCGUCCGUGUCUUCCAAACGCCAAGCCGACGCUGACAUCAAGACGCUCGAGUCGUACAUCAAGGGCAUGUUGCGACAAUUCGAGACCUUGUCCCUCCAGCAGAUCGCCAGCAAGCUCGCCUUGAUCGCUCGCAGCGAGCAGAACUCGGGAGGCUGCACGACGACCAACUUGACCCAAAUCCUGCGCAACUUGGUGGACCAGCAAGAGUUGGAGUACAUUGGGGGCAUGUACCAGCUCCACAAGUACCAUUAAGUUAACUCGGCGACGAUGCAAACAUGGAUUUGAAAAAAUGGAUGUGGCGUCGUCGUGUAUCACGGGGACGACAUGCUGCGCUUCGUAGUCGACCAAGCACGUCAACGAUGUGGCGGACCAGCGCUCUAUCGCCAUAACCUCGUCAAACGAGAUACCGGUUGCUGCGC